AUGCAGGUGCUGGGUAAGGUGCCAACCAUCUCGAUUGAUAAAACGGACGGCUGCCAGAUCUAUUUGUCGAAUGAUUCGCUCGACGUGGAGAUCGUUUCCUCUAAAUCCUCGGAAAUGAAUGUGCUCGUUCCGAAGGGCAAUGGCGAUUACACGGAGCACCCAAUUCCUGAACAAUUCAAGACCAUGUUGAACAAGCCGCCCACAGGCCUCACCACGACGCCCGUCGAGAGCAAAGGC